CGGGGAGGGCAGUUGCGCGUUUUACCCUCCCGGCCGCGCGUGUCGCCCCACGAGGGAAGCGGGGUGCUUCAGCCGGUCUGGGGCGGGGGGAGGCCCUGAGGUGGCCCCAGGCGGAAGAUCUCAGCUGGGGGAGCGGGACGGGCUCCGGCGGUAGCCAUGCAGGUAGCGUCGGCCCUUAGGGGUUAGGGUUUGGGGCUUGGUUUGCAGACUCUUCGGCUUGUCGGGGCUCUUCGGUUAGGUGCUCGCUGCCAGUGACAGGCCUUGUCCGUUGGAAGCUCCUAUGAGGCGGAGGACAGAGAAACGCCGCCGGAGAAAUUUUCCUCUGCCCCGCGCUGACUUGCACCUGCCCGCCUGUUUCGUCCUCUCUGGCCCGCGUGUUUCCUUCACGUCAGUGUGAAAUAAUAAAACAAUGAUUGCUUCCCAGCAAAAAAUUUUAAACUUGAUCAAGUGUUUCAGAAGACAAUGGCCUUUAUUUUCAAACUCUGAAAGGACUACUGUAUGUGGAGCAGACUGCAUGUUGAUGGCAUUACAGCUGUCAAUGGCUGAAGUCAAUAAACAGCACCGUGGAGAUUUCACAGCAUCUCUUAGUGAUGUGUUAGAAACUUGGAAAUAUUUGUUACAUGAUAAACUGGGUUUAUCAUAUGAAAACAUGAAAGAACCUGAAAAUUAUGCUGAUCUAAAAAAAGCCUAUCAUGCCUUCUUAGCAAGAAGCAAUAUGUUAGAUCUAAUAGACAUAUGCCAGAAGUGUUAUGGUCUUGGACUUGCAUCUGAAGAUGAAAACGUAACGCUUGUUCAACUGUUGGAAUUUAUUUCUGGCAUAAUAAAUGUACAAGAAAAUAAUGGCUCUGUUCUUUCUACUCCUUCUACACCAGUCAACAGACUGGGCCAGGAGAAUGUGAAGGUGACAAUCCUGGCAAAGAAGUGCGUGUGUUCAUAUUUAAGCCUGUUGGUAAAUUCUAAGGAUGAUCUGGCAUUGGCUCAUAUUCUAAAUGUUCCUGACAGAGGACUUGGUAGAGAAGCCUUCACUAAGCUAAAACAUGCCUCACGGAAGAGAGAAAUGUCCAUUUUCCUGAUGGCAACAUCUUUUAUCCGAACCAUAGAACUUGGAGGAAGAGGCUGUGCAUCUUCACUAUUUGAUCCUUUAAGAGUCCAUGUAAAGGGGCUUUCAAACUUUGUUAAUUUUAUUGACAAGCUGCAAGAAAUUGUUGGUGAAAUCUUAAAUCCAAGAAUUGCAGGGGGUCGAAUUCUGACAACAGUGAAGAUGCAUUUGAUAAAAGGCCGAAGCAAUGGGGAUCCUUUCUGUCAGGCAGUAGAGGAAGUUGUACAAGAUUUGGAUUUGAAGAUUAAAAAUAUUAUCGAUUCACAACAUGAAGUCUUGACUGCCAGCACUACUGGAGUCAGUCCAGCACGGCCAAAAUUGCAUUCCAUAAAUCAUGGCACUGUGUAUUGUGGCAAAGAUACUGUAAAGGUCUUACUAGUUCUUCUGGAUGAAGAAGCUGUCAAUCCUCCCACCCAGAACAAAGUGGAAUUAUUAUAUGAUGAUGAAAGCUUAAAUUUGUUUGGAAUCACCUCUGUUUUGACACUCUUCAGAUCUCCAAUGCAAUCCAAUGGAUCUUCUCCAAAACCUCUUAGACAACGUAUUCAGAAAUCUAAGGAUGAAAAAAAUAUUAAGGGGAAACAAUCUUCAAUCAAAUCUCAGUUUGCAUGUACAUAUAAAAAUGACUUGAGUGAAAUAAAGGGUCAGCAUUUCCUCAGCAGUAGCCAAAUACCAACCUGCAUAGAUCCUGCACCAAAGCAACAUUUAAAAGCUGGGUAUCUCACAGGUAUGAAUUCAUGUCUUGAUGUACCAGUACUUGGAACUAUUUCUGAAAAUGUUCACCAGAGUAGAAGUUACACAGAAAUGGGAAAGCUGAGUUGUCAGCCAAGAAAUGAGAAUUCCAAGAAUGAACAGAUGGAUUUGAAUAAUGACAAAGUAAUCCGUGAUAAGGAAAGUGAACCAUCUUUGCAAAGAAAUGCUAAAAGACCUAAGACUUCAGACAACCCUUGGAAGGAAUUGGACAGCAAAAUCAGUGGAAAAAAGAAACACAGCAAAACUGCAAGCAAGAAUAAAUUGAUUGCUGGUCAGGCAAAAUUAACUCAAUUUUUUCGACUGUAGAUUUUCAUUUUGACAUACAUGGUAUGUUGACUGGUUCAGAAGUUGUAAAAUUUUGCGACAGAAGGGUAAAAUUCAUUAAUUGCUUCCUUUCAUACUGAAAUAAGUGGAAGUAGCUUGUGUGUAAUAUGAGACAAUUACUUAAAAGUCUGGAUUAUGCAGAAGUCUUUUAUUUUUUUAUAACAAUACAUCAUUAGUAAUUACAACUAUGGUUUUUUUAGUAAUGAAUUAUGCUUCCCUCUACAAUGUGAUGGGAAAGUACUUUUGGAUGCAUAUGUAUAGCCACACUAAAACACAGUAACUUCAAAUUAGAUUAAAUUCGUAAUAAAAUGCUUAAUCUUCAAA